CGCGCCGAGCGAGACGCAGCGCUAUCCGGGGGAUUUAAACCGCUAUUCGCCGCCGUCCGCGCCCGGAGCUCUCCCUCUAUCGCCUUGGAUCUGCUCUCUCCUUGGAUUAUUACCGUCCUUUAUUCCUUGGCGCGACGCGCACAAGAUGUAAGGAGGUUUUGCGCGUGCAGAAUCACGGGGAACACAGGAACGCACUCGUUAAAACAAGGUUCUACCGAGGCAGCCGAAGAAAACGCCACUAAAAACAGCCGAAGAAUGAAGCAGAAGGAAUAUUAAAAACAGCAGAGAGAGUGCCACACAUCCAGCGUGCCGACCCUUCGUCUCCAGCCUGUGGGGCCACGGCUCUCCAGCCAGGUCAGAGUUCAUCUGCGACAUGAUGCCAGCCAGCCACCUGCCUAUCCUGCUCUCCCUGAGUGCCCUGCUGCUGUCUCCGCUGCUCACCGGCUCCUUGGCCUUAUCUCCACCCAGGUUCACAAAAGUACCUGUCGACAUGAUCGGCGUCUCCGGAGGUGUCGUAUCCUUCGUAUGCCAAGCCACAGGUGACCCCAAGCCAAGAGUAACCUGGAAUAAGAAAGGAAAGAGGGUGAACUCUCAACGCAUCGAGACAAUAGAGUUUGAUGAAGGUGCGGGGGCCGUCCUAAGGAUCCAGCCUCUACGGGCACCUCGAGACGAGAACAUCUAUGAGUGUGUGGCGGAGAACAGCGAAGGCGAAAUCAGUGUCCAAGCUAAGCUGUCAAUCAUUAGAGAGGACCUACUUCCUGCUGGCUUCCCCAACAUCGACAUGGGCCCACAGCUGAAGGUGGUGGAGCGCACGCGCACGGCUACCAUGCUUUGUGCCGCGAGCGGUAACCCUGACCCGGAAAUCACCUGGUUCAAAGACUUCCUUCCCAUCGACCCCAGCACAAGUAACGGACGAAUAAAACAGCUCAGAUCGGAAGCGAUUGAGAGUACUCCCAUCCGAGGUGCUCUGCAGAUAGAAAACACUGAGGAAACCGACCAGGGGAAGUACGAGUGUGUGGCGUCUAACGUGGAAGGCGUCCGAUACUCUUCCCCUGCCAACCUGUAUGUGCGAGAGCUUCGAGAAGUUCGUCGCGUGCCCCCACGUUUCUCCAUCACGCCCCCCACCAUGCAAGAGAUCAUGCCAGGUGGUAGCAUUAACAUUACUUGCGUCGCCGUUGGCUCGCCCAUGCCCUACGUCAAGUGGAUGCUUAACUCUGAGGACCUGACGCCCGAGGACGUGAUGCCAGUGGGCAGGAACGUUCUGGAGUUAAACAGCGUCCGUGAGUCGGCCAACUACACCUGCGUGGCCAUGAGCAGCCUGGGCAUCAUCGAGGCUAAUUCCCAGAUCAUUGUCAAGUCUUUGCCGAAACCUCCAGGUACUCCUGUCGUAACAGAAACUACCGCCACCAGUAUCACCAUCACCUGGGACAGUGGCAACCCUGAGCCCGUCUCCCAUUACAUCAUCCAGUAUCGCGCCAAAUCUCCUGAAAGCAAGUUUGAGACCGUGGACUCCAUCACUACCACUCGCUACAGCAUCGGUGGACUUUCUCCAAACACUGAUUACGAGAUUCGCGUGUCAGCCUUCAACACCAUUGGCCAGGGCCCGCCCAGCGAACCAGUUGAGGCAAGGACUGGGGAGCAAGCUCCCGCCAGCCCACCACGCAAUAUCCAGGCCCGUAUCAUCUCCCAGAACACCAUGAUGGUACGCUGGGAUGAACCUGAGGAGCCCAAUGGACAGAUCAAAGGUUAUCGGGUCUACUACACCAUGGAUCCAUCUCAGCCCAUGAGCAUGUGGCACAUCCACAACGUACAGGACAGCGUGAUCACCACCAUUCAAAGUCUGGUGGCCUCCGAGACCUACACCAUCAGAGUGCUGGCCUUCACGUCCGUAGGAGAUGGACCGUUCUCGGAUCCCAUUCAUGUAAAAGUGCUUCAAGGAGUCCCUGGACAGCCGACCAACUUCCAGGUUGGUGAGGUGUCAGACACGAGCGUUAAGCUAACAUGGGAACCGGCCUUUGAAAAAGAGGGAAUCAUCAGUUACGAACUACAUUACAAAGAGGGCGGGCAAGAAUCUCAGGUAAAGAAAACAUUCGUCCCAACCUCUUCCUAUGUGGUGGAGGGUCUGCGUGCAAAUACAGAGUACUACUUCUCUCUGGCUGCCAUCUCCAACAAAGGCAUUGGAGCCUUCACCAACGAAAUAUCCCAAAGGACAUCCCAAGCCAAGCCCUCCGCCCCCCCUCAAGACAUUAAGUGCUCCAGCUCCAGCUCCACCACCCUGCUGGUAAGUUGGCGCCCUCCGCCGGCCGAGAGCCAGAAUGGGGCACUGGCCGGGUACAUAGUGCGCUACGCGGUGGUGGGGGCCGGGGCCGAGGUCAACACGGAGCCCGUGGAGGAGCCAGCGGUGCCCCCCAGCUCCAAUCAGAUCCAGCUGCAGCGGCUGGAGAAAUGGACCUUGUACCGAGUCACCGUGGCGGCCUCCACCAGCGUGGGUCCGGGCCCCGAGAGCGAGCCGCUGCUGUGCCGCACAGACGAGGACGUGCCCGGGGCCCCCCCUCGGCGUGUGGAGGUUGAGGUGCUGAACUCCACCGCCAUCAAGGUAAUGUGGCGCUCCCUAUUGCCAGGGAAACAGCACGGGCAGAUCCGUGGAUACCAGGUGCACUACGUCCGUGUCGAGAAUGGCGAAUCCCGUGGCCUGCCCCUCAUCAAGGACGUCAUGCUCGCCGAUGCGCAGUGGGAAAUGGACGACACAGCUGAAUAUGAGAUGGUCAUCGGAGGCCUGCAGCCUGACACCACGUACUCCAUCACCGUGGCAGCCUACACCACCAAAGGAGACGGAGCCCGCAGCAAACCCAAGCUGGUGGUGACUAAAGGAGCAGUACCGGGGCCUCCCUUUCUCUCCGUCAACCAAAACUCAGAGACUACCGCAUUAGUGCGCUGGCAACCCCCAGAUUUCGUCGCUCCGGGUCUCGAGGUGCAAGGCUAUCGGCUUCAGAUCGGCCGAAAGGAUGUGAGUCCCCUGGCCACGCUGGAGUUCGGCCCUCAGGAGCUGGAAUAUUCCAUUAGCAAUAUCCACCGAGGGGCCACGUAUGUCUUCAAAGUGUCCGCCAAGUCCAGAUCGGGAUUUGGUGAAGAGGCUACCCGAGAACUAAAAGUCCCAGAGGAGGUUCCUCGAGGGUAUCCACAAAUAAUCGAAGGGUCUAACAUUACCUGCUGCUCGCUCCAAUUUGCCUGGUUGCCUCCGGUGCUAGCGGAGCGCAACGGCGCUAUAACAGAAUACACACUGGCUUACCAAGAGGCCGGAAUGGUUGGCGGACCCAAGGAACUGCGUCUACCGGCAAGUGAGAACAGUUACACCCUCAACAGCCUGAGGCCCAACGCAGUGUACGAUGUGAAAAUUCGAGCGCACACCAGUGUAGGUCCAGGGCCCUACAGCCCAUCGAUCCAGUAUCAAACAGUGGCCUACGAAGCAGAUGUUCCUAAGAACUUCACCGUGAAGCUGGCCACCAAAACCACGGUACUGCUGACCUGGAAGUUUUUCGAUAGCCGCUUCCCGUACCGCUGCAUGAUCGAGUACAACCGGCAGAAGGUUGACAUUGACGCUAGGAUGACCAAAGCUCUCAUCACCAACUUGCGACCCAACAGCACCUAUGAGUUCAGAAUCACCUGCCAGGAGAGCAGUGACGGUGGACCCAAACACAAGCUCAUCGCAAGAACGGCGCCACCUAUUCUGGUCCGAAAGCCAGAGUUGGACCUGAAAAGAGAGCCAGACAGUACUCUGACCAUUGUCUUCCCACCGCUGGAAUCCAAAGAGUUGAUCAAGGCGGUCUAUGUUGUGGUGGUUCCUCUGAAGAAGGGAAGAGGUCCAAUCCGACAUAUCAAGAGCCCAGAUGAAUUGGACCUAGAAGAGCUGUUGGGCGACAGAAGACUCGGUCAACGUCACGCUCGAACCACCCGUCAGCUCAAGCAGGUGGAUGGGAAGCGGCCCUACAUUGCUGCCAGCUUCAAGCCCUCAUCCAUGCCGCCGUCCUUCACCCUGGGCAACCAGAUGGUGUACAGCAGCUUUGAAAACCGGCCUCUGGACCCCGGGCAGGAAUAUGUGUUCUUUAUCCUUGCUGAGCUCAACACCACCGGAGGGAAAACGUUUGCGUCCAGCCCCUACACUGAUCCAGUCACAGCUCCAGAUGUGGACCCUCAGCCCAUAGAUACGGGAGGGGAUGGACUCAUCUGGGUGGUGGGGCCCGUUCUCGCUGUGGUCUUCAUAAUCUGUAUUGUGAUUGCGAUUCUCCUCUACAAGAACAAGCCUGACAGCAAACGUAAAGAGUCAGAGCCACGGACGAAAUGUUUGCUGAACAACGCCGAUAUCACCCCUCACCACCCCACAGACCCGGUGGAGAUGAGACGAAUCAACUUCCAGACCCCAGAUUCUGGUCUAAGCAGUCCUGUCAGUGAAGCCGGUUUUGACUAUGAAAGUAUGAUGAACCACCCUCCUAUACCCAUCUCUGAGCUAGCUGAGCACACGGAUCUACUGAAGGCCAACGACAACCUGAAGCUCUCCCAGGAGUAUGAGUCCAUCGAUCCGGGUCAGCAGUUCACCUGGGAGCAUUCCAACCUGGAGGUCAACAAACCCAAGAACCGCUACGCCAACGUCAUCGCCUACGACCACUCCCGCGUAAUCCUGGCGCCCAUCGAAGGUAUCACAGGCAGCGACUACAUCAAUGCUAACUACAUUGAUGGCUACAGGAAGCAGAACGCAUACAUAGCCACGCAGGGACCGCUGCCAGAGACCUUCGGAGACUUUUGGAGAAUGGUGUGGGAGCAACGAGCCGCCACCGUGGUCAUGAUGACCAGACUGGAAGAGAAGUCAAGGAUAAAGUGUGACCAGUACUGGCCGAGUAGAGGGACGGAGACCUACGGUAUGAUCCAAGUGACGCUCCUGGAUACCAUCGAACUCGCCACUUUCUGCUUGCGCACCUUCUCUCUACACAAGAAUGGUUCCAGUGAAAAGCGAGAGGUUCGACAGUUCCAGUUUACCGCCUGGCCGGACCACGGCGUUCCCGAGUACCCCACUCCAUUCCUGGCCUUCCUCAGGAGGGUGAAGACCUGCAAUCCACCAGAUGCUGGCCCCAUCAUCGCCCACUGCAGUGCUGGUGUGGGCCGCACAGGCUGCUUCAUCGUGAUUGACGCCAUGCUAGAGCGCAUCAAGCAUGAGAAGACGGUGGACAUCUACGGUCACGUGACCCUCAUGCGCUCCCAGAGGAACUACAUGGUGCAGACAGAAGACCAGUACAGCUUCAUCCAUGAUGCCCUCCUGGAGGCCGUCGCCUGCGGGAAUACAGAGGUGGCGGCACGAAGCCUCUUCUCCUACAUCCAGAAGCUGGCGCAGGUGGAGGCCGGAGAGCACGUUAGUGGCAUGGAGCUGGAGUUUAAGCGUUUGGCGAACUCCAAAGCCCACACGUCCAGAUUCAUAAGUGCCAAUCUGCCAUGCAACAAAUUUAAAAACCGCCUGGUCAACAUCAUGCCCUAUGAGACCACUCGAGUGUGCCUGCAGCCCAUCAGAGGGCUGGAGGGGUCCGACUAUAUCAACUCCAGCUUCAUUGAUGGAUACAGACAACAGAGGGCUUAUAUAGCCACUCAAGGCCCAUUAGCGGAGACCACUGAAGACUUCUGGAGGAUGUUGUGGGAGAACAACUCCACCAUUGUGGUGAUGCUGACCAAACUGAGGGAGAUGGGACGAGAAAAGUGUCACCAGUACUGGCCAGCAGAGCGCUCCGCUAGAUAUCAAUACUUUGUGGUGGAUCCCAUGGCGGAGUACAACAUGCCGCAGUACAUCCUCAGAGAGUUCAAAGUGACAGAUGCUCGGGACGGCCAGUCCAGGACCGUUAGGCAGUUCCAGUUCACCGAUUGGCCGGAGCAGGGCGUUCCCAAAUCAGGAGAGGGCUUCAUCGACUUCAUCGGACAGGUGCAUAAAACUAAGGAGCAGUUUGGACAGGACGGGCCCAUUUCUGUUCACUGCAGUGCCGGCGUGGGGCGGACCGGGGUCUUCAUCACGCUAAGCAUCGUGCUGGAGCGGAUGCGCUACGAGGGUGUGGUGGACAUCUUCCAGACGGUCAAAAUGCUGAGAACGCAACGGCCAGCAAUGGUGCAAACAGAGGAUGAGUACCAGUUUUGCUAUCAGGCGGCUCUGGAGUACCUUGGAAGUUUUGAUCACUAUGCAACGUAAAAAGCCAUUUUUGUUCCCCCCUGCCCCACAAACCCCCCUCCCCCCAACAGCCUCCUGAGCCAUAAAAACUUGCUUGAAAACACGAAACGAUGACAACUACACACAAUUCAUAAAAAUUCUUUGAAGAAUCGUCUUUUGGAACCAAUCAAAGCGCGUCAUGCGUAUCCCCAAUUGCACAAGCAACACUGGAGAAGCGCAAACGGAUCCCAAACCCUUCUACGUCCCAAGCUCGUGAUGGAGGAACCAAACGUUUUGGCUCAGGCUGUAGGGCGGGAAUGACGAUCUAGGUGUCGGACCACUAACUUUACCUCAAGUGUUCUGACGUGGAGGACAAGCAUUGUUUCUUUUCAAACUAACUCUAUGAACAUAUUACAAAAAGACAUGAAGGAAAAGUCGGUGAGAUACAACAUGACCACACAUUUAAGUAUAAAUGAUGAGCACCUAAUUGGCUGGCGUUUAAAAUCCUUCUUUGUUUUCUAAAAUGGCAACGUUUCCAUUGAAAUGUGAUCUGUCAGUGUAACAGCAGUCGUCAUUGCUGUCUUCAAUGGAGAAGUUGGAGCAACGGUACAGACAAGACUUCUUUUGCUGCUCACGUCUUGGGUCCAAGCCUCUCCUCGACAUUUUGCCAUUUGGACAAAAUUGGGAGCCACUUAAGAAGCAAUUCGAGGCAAACCGUUCAUCCACUUGAGAAAGUCACCCUCCUCUUGAAACCACUGGAGUCGCCAAACAAGAACUCGACAUGUCUUGAGGCGCUGAGGCAUUCAAGGAAAUGGUUGAAACCUAAUCGCAUCGGUUUCUUGAGGUGGGGACAGUUUUUCGGUGCUUUCGAGGACGUGCUAGUGA